UUAACGAGGAAGACAUAAAACAUGGCGCUACGGAUAUUUUGUUUUGUGUAAGCAAAUAAAAAUAAUUUAAAACAACAGAAUACUGUGCGUCUAAGUUUGAGUUACACUAACGCGAAAGUAAAGCUUAUGCUUUGUAAUCUAACAACCAAUACACUGUACGUGGUACAUCUUGCAAAAUGAGUAACAUAUACAUUCAAGAGCCACCAACAAAUGGCAAGGUUUUGAUUAAGACAUCAGCUGGAGACAUCGAUGUGGAGCUAUGGUCUAAAGAAGCACCAAAAGCUUGUCGGAAUUUCGUUCAGCUUUGUAUGGAAGGUUACUAUGAUGGUACCAUAUUUCAUCGGGUUGUACCAGAGUUCAUUAUCCAGGGUGGUGAUCCCACAGGCACAGGGUCUGGGGGAGAGUCUAUAUUUGGGCACCCUUUUAAGGAUGAGUUCCAUUCCAGACUGCGCUUCAACCGGCGAGGGCUGGUUGCCAUGGCAAACGCUGGGCCUCAUGAUAAUGGCAGCCAGUUCUUUUUCACUCUGGCUCGAGCUGAUGAGCUCAACAACAAGCACACUAUAUUUGGAAAGGUUGCUGGUGAUACAGUCUAUAACCUGUUGCGGCUAGCUGAGGUGGAAUGUGACUCAGAUGAGAGACCGUUGAAUCCACAUAAGAUUCGUUCCACAGAGGUUCUACACUCACCCUUUGAUGACAUCAUUCCACGUGAAAGCAAAAAACAUAAGAAGGACCACUCCAAAGAAGAAGGAAAGAAAUCUCAGUCCAAAGCAACCAAGAACUUCAGUUUGUUGUCUUUUGGAGAGGAAGCAGAAGAAGAUGAGGAGUUGGUGAACCAAGUCAGUCAGACGUUGAAGGGCAAAGGCAAAAGUAGUCACGACUUAUUGAAGGACGACCCCCGGCUCAGUGCAGUUCCAGCUAUUGACAGGAAAAAAACCGGAGACUCAUCUGAGGGAUCAGAUUUGGAAGAGGGGGAUGAUGAUGGAGGUAACCCAGAUGUCGCGGGCAUGAGGGAGAGGAUCGCAACCAAACUGAAGAAAUUGAAGAAGGAGGAGGUGCGACUCGUUUCUGAGAGAGAAGAGAGCGAGAAGAAGACGAACCGCAGCGAUGAGCUACGGAAGGAAUCACGGCAGCUGAAGAAAGAACUUCAGGCCAUCAAACAACGAAAAGAGGAGCGUGCCCAACCAAAGGAAGAAGAAGAACAAAUUGAGGAGGAAAAGCCCAGCAGUGGUGCCGUGGCUGAGUACCUGGAGAGCAAGAAGAAGUAUGAAGACCAACGCAAACAGAAACUGAAGAAAGGCUCCACCAGAGAGGCACAGACUUUGGCUCUCCUGGACCGCUUCAAGUCCAAGCUGUCGAGUGCCAUAACUGACACGCCCGAGGAGGCUCCAGUGGAGCAGCUCGGAGAGGAGGACGACCAGGGCUGGCUGUCUCACGUGCUCCAGUUUGACGAGCAGAGCAGGAAAGUAAAGGACGCCAACAUGCAAGACGAGGACACCUUUGAGAUCUACGACCCACGCAACCCGGUCAACAAGCGGCGGAGGGAGGAGAGCAAGAAGUUGCUGAAGGAGAAGAAAGCAAAGAUAUGAGUGCAGGGAUCAUCUGAUCAGGAGCGCUCUCAAGGAGGGGUCAAACAUGGCCAUCACUCAUUCUCAUAAGAACAGCUCAGUCAUUGGUCCUCUCUCAUAUCUCACCCCUCCUCUUGCUCCUCUCUCAUAUCUCACCCUCCUCUUGCUCCUCUCUCAUAUCUCACCCCUCCUCUUGCUCCUCUCUCAC